CCGCCCACCGCUGGCAAGACCCGACCACCCGAGUCCUCUGGUCCUCCUCCCCGCGCAGGUGCACGUGCGGCACCCCGCCUCUCUGCCACCUAGGCACAUCCCGCUGGGCGGCCAUGGCACGAGGAGACACUCCGCAGGACAGCUACCACCUGGUCGGGAUCAGCUUCUUUAUCCUGGGGCUGGGCACUCUCCUUCCCUGGAACUUCUUCAUCACCGCCAUCCCGUAUUUCCAGGGGCGGCUGGCAGAGGCCAACAGCACUGCUGGGACCCUGGGCACCAACCACACUGGCCCUGCGGACACCUUCAACUUCAACAACUGGGUGACGCUGCUGUCCCAGCUGCCCCUGCUGAUCUUCACGCUCCUCAACUCUUUCCUGUACCAGUGCAUCCCUGAGACGGUGCGGAUUCUGGGCAGCCUGCUGGUCAUCCUGCUGCUGUUUGCCCUGACGGCGGCGCUGGUCAAGGUGGACAUGAGCCCUGGACCCUUUUUCGCCAUCACCAUGGCCUCUGUCUGGUUCAUCAACUCCUUCGGUGCAGUUCUGCAGGGCAGCCUCUUCGGGCAGCUGGGCACCAUGCCUUCCACCUACAGCACCCUCUUCCUCAGCGGCCAGGGCUUGGCAGGGAUCUUCGCUGCCCUUGCCAUGCUCAUGUCCAUGGCUAGUGGCAUGGAUGUCCAGACCUCUGCCCUGGGGUACUUCAUCACGCCCUGUGUGGGCAUCCUCAUGUCCAUCAUGUGUUACCUGAGCCUGCCCCACCUGGAGUUUGCCCGCUACUACCUGGCCAAGCAAUCAUCGCAGGCACAAGAUCAGGAGCUGGACACCAAAGCUGAGCUCCUCCAGUCUGAUGAGAAGAAUGGGAUUCCUAACAGCCCCCAGAAGGCAGUCCUGACUCUGGAUCUUGACCCUGAGAAGGAGCCAGAACUGGAGCGAGAGGAACCCCAGGAGCCAGGAAAACCUUCAGUUUUCAUUGUCUUCCAAAAGAUCUGGCUGAUGGCGCUGUGCCUUGUGUUGGUCUUCACAGUCACCUUGUCUGUCUUCCCCGCCAUCACUGCCAUGGUGACCAGCUCUACCAGUCCUGGAAAGUGGAGUCAGUUCUUUAACCCCAUCUGCUGCUUCCUUCUCUUCAAUAUCAUGGACUGGCUGGGACGGAGCCUGACCUCUUACUUCCUGUGGCCGGACCAGGACAGCCGGCUGCUGCCCCUGCUGGCCUGCCUGCGUGUCCUGUUCAUCCCACUCUUCAUGCUGUGCCACGUGCCUGAGAGGUCCCGGCUGCCCAUCCUCUUCCCACAGGAUGCCUACUUCAUCACUUUCAUGCUGGUCUUUGCUGUUUCCAAUGGUUACCUGGUGUCCCUCACCAUGUGCUUGGCGCCCAGGCGGGUGCUACCACAUGAGAGGGAGGUGGCCGGAGCUCUCAUGACCUUCUUCCUGGCCCUGGGGCUGUCCUGUGGAGCCUCCCUGUCCUUCCUCUUCAAGGCGCUACUCUGACGUGCUCCCUCCAGGGUUCUCCCAGAGCUCUCUUCUUGCUGCCUCCUUCAGAGCCGAGACCCAGCGCAGGGGAAGGGCAAGCCGGCUCAAGCCUCCGCUGGGCUGGGGCCCCUUGAUCUGGGGGUGCCAGGAGGAUGCGUGUGCUUCUCUCUCCCUCCCGGGCUGGCGGUCACUUGGGAUACUGCAAGGAAGAAUUCACCACUGGUCAUUCCAACACUCACCCAGGAAUGGAGGUUGACACACAGAGACAGGCUAGCUAGACACACAUAACACCUCAUUGAAAGGGUGACAAUCAGGGAAAAGAGGGCCGAGAGCUGUGGCCCUUCCUCACCAUCCAGAGUGCAUUUGUUCAUCACAACAAACCCACCUGCUGAUUGCCAGGGAUCAGAGGCUCCCAGCGGGAUCUUGCCAAGGGUGUAGCUGGUGUGGCCCCAACCUCAAGUUCAGAGUCGGGGUGGGGACCAGCCCAGAGCAGGAGCUCUUCUCCCCAGGCCUCAGCGACCCCAUCAUCAAGUCUGUGGGACGCCAGGACAGAGGAUGUCAGGGGAGGUUGAGGGGAGCAGGGAGAAAAAGCCGGUGUCAGGGAUCUGAGGGUGCUCAAAGGACCCUCUGGGCCUCCAACAGUGCUUUCGUUGCCAACACUUACAGUCUCCACUCCCCAGAUCCCAACUGGGCCUGGUCCCAGGGUUGCCGUUAGCCUGCCUGCGUGCACUGCGCUUCACAGUUUGCAAAGCUCUUCCAAACCCGCUGUCUCACGAAAGCCUCAUUGAGGCCCUUGGAAGAAGUCAGGCAAGGAUUGUGCUCCCCCUCUGGACAGGCGAGGAAACUGAGCCCCAAGGGGAAGUAACCGGUCCGUGGCAGAGCUCGGACCCAGCCCCUACCUCCUCCCUGUAGGUGCUUCCCUUCCUGCCCAAUGCCUGCUUCUCGGUUCCUCAAGGGGCUCAAGGCAGGAACCCUAAGCACUUACUCCCCCUUCUUGCUGUUUCUCCCUCUGACCCUGCUCCUGGGUCUAAUAACAACUUCUUUAUUUGUAUAA